CUUUCUUCGCAGCUUGUAGCACAAAAUACGUACGUGUAUGGAUGGACGGAUUGCUGCUUCCAUGGACAAACACCUCUCGACGCCAAGUCAAGCCAGAUGCAGGGCCUGUGCAGAUUUGGGGCCCUGUUGUGAACUCUCCGACCUUCGGAACAGAGCAACGCCCCGAGUCGGCACGAAUACCAGAAGAGGGGGACUCUGAAUGCAGCCUGAUUUAUGGACAGUGUGUAUCACAGGACCAAAGGACCUUGGGUACAUAUUCGAAAUGCUUUCUAAACAUCCAACGAGAGAUGCUACCGAGUCCGCAAAUCUGGCUUCACUCUGUCUGCGAGAUCGCGCAAUUCAUCACCCCGGAUGCGCGGCACAAGAGAAUCAAGGCAUCAGGCGAUACCAGAAAAGCCUACCAACCUCGGUGCAAUCUAUGUUCUGCAUCAAGCCGUGUCGCAUCAAGUGAUGCACUUUCCAUUUCGAGGUCGAGGUUGGAGGACUUGCGCCAUCCGGUCCCUGAUAUUUUCAAUGCAGUAUUUUUUCAGCUUCUCCGAGCAUUCUCAAUCAAGCAAUUGCUAAUUUCUCGUUACUCAGCUCGUCUUAUGGCACCUUGCCUUUGAUCUUCGAGUAUCUCGACAGCCUCAUCACGCAAGAGACCCGUAGCUACUUCCUCAACGAAGUUGAUGGUUCGGAGUCAAACGAUCGCAUUCUAAUGAUUGGCUCAAUAAAUAACCUAAGCAAGUUUGACCCCUCCUUGUCCAAACGACUAAGCCGUUUCGAUCACAAGUAUCACUCUAAACUGCCAAACGAGGACGAGAGAACUGCAUAUUGCCAGUUCUGAGACGCAAGUGGGUCAACGGGUCAAUAAUGAUGCAGUUAAUUUUCACGAGAAUCUUUGUCCCAUUAUUGCGAAGCUCUGUGAAGGAUUCAGCUUUGCGUACUUGGUAAGCGC